AUGUGGGGUAAACAGAUAAGCAACGCUAUGACUGAUACCAUUACUGAGGAUCUGAACAUCACGAAGGAUCAGGUCGGUACUGGUAGUCAGCUUAUGUCUGCUGGAAUCGUGAUAGCUGAGAUUCCAUCUAAUCUGAUCCUCCAACGUCUAGGCGCACCUGUCUGGCUCACCUUUAUUAUUGCAGUCUGGGGGACGAUUUCGCUAGCUCAGGCUUAUGUCACGAAUCUCUCGUCAUUUUAUGCGACCCGCUUUCUCCUCGGUGUAUUUGAAGGUGGAUAUAUACCAGGCGCACAAUAUACGCUGGCUCUCUUCUACAAGUCCGACGAGUUAGCCUUACGAACUGCUAUCUUUUACUUUGGCAACUUCUUCUCUGCUGCGACAGGCUCUCUGAUUGCAGCAGGGCUGUUGCAGCUAGCUGUCGAGGGAGCCAUCACACUCUCGGCAUUCUUUCUCCUCCUCCUCUUCCUCCCAUUCUCGCCCCAGCGAACUCGGCCUAUUCACGGCCUUUUCGAUAUCUUUACUCAGAGUGAAAGGGAUAUCAUGUACCAUCGUGUGGUAUCGGAAGACGCCUCCAAGGCCCACGCCAGGGCUCACAUUAGCAAGGCAAACCUCUUCGAGGCUCUCACCGAUUUUCGUCUCUGGCUACAUGCUAUUGUGAACAUGCUAGCUGCAUCGCCAAAAACUGCUCUGGGUCUUUAUGGACCGAGCAUCAUCAAGAGGCUUGGUUUUAGCAAGACCAAAGCUAAUCUGCUCAACUCGGUUCACAGCUAUUGCCUCAUCGUUCUUUCUUUCAUUCUCUCAUUUGCGUCAGACAAGACAGGACAGCGUGGCAUAUUCUGCAUUUUCUCGUACCUAUGGUCCAUCACUUUUGCUGCCGCUCUCGUCGGGCUAGGUGUCAAUCGAGAUAAAUGGCUUCUUUAUGCGAUAUUCACUCUCGUAAGUACUGGCAACUCCCUCGGCGUGGCAUUGAACGACGCAUGGCUUAGUGUGAACUCUACCUCACCCCACAAGCGAAGUAUGGGCCUUGCCUUGGCCGUUAUCGGGAGCAACCUCGGUGGAGUCAUAGGUCCCAGUUUGUUCAAAGACUCGGAUGCACCCGCAUACCGAAAGGGUUUCGCAGCUAUUAUUGGUCUUUACGGAGGAAGCAUCUUGAUCACUUUGGUACUCAUGUUCACCUACUGGCAAGAUACUGAGAAGGUUCGAAAGCAGGCUGAUGAGCGUGGAGAGAACCAGGAAGAGACACGACGUUUCCAUCUCUGA